AUGGUUCCAAAGCCCAUCGGAGAGCCGGAUGAGAUCACCGGCCAGAGUGCACUUCCCAUUUCUCGUGUCAAGAAGAUUAUCCAACUGGACGAGGAUAUUGUGCAAUGCUCGAAUAAUGCGACCUUCGUCAUUGCAAUGGCUACUAUGUUCAUUAAGCAUCUUGCCGAACAAGGAUACAAUGUGGUCAAGACUGAGAAAAAGCCUCGCAAGACUGUUCAAUACAAAGAUCUUGCCUCGGCGGUGUCACACACUGACAAUCUCGAAUUCCUAUCCGACGUGAUCCCUAAGACUACGACCUACAAACAGUUCAAGGAGAAAAAGGCCAAGGAUGCGGCCGACCAAACCGCUAUGGAGAAGGGCCAGCGUACUCUCAACGGGGCCAGUGCACCACCACCACCGCCAGCCAACGGAAACAGCAUGGGAGAAACCUCGCCCAAGGGAGAGGAAUCAAGUACCACAUCUCCAUCAGUGCCUCGGCCAAUGGUGCCUGUCAGCGCGCUGAUUGCGGAUCGGACUGUUGAGCCCGUGGCCACCCCUGACCAUGACGUGGAAAUGCAGGGCUGA